AUGUAUCGCUAUAUUUCCGAGUUUGAUCUUGAUAUAACAGAUAUUAUAGGUGAAUCCGAUGAGGAGGAAGAAUCUACCGCCGAGGAGAGACACGAUAAUGAAGAGGAUGACGAUGAAGACGAAGACAGAGAUAAAGGUGAAGACGAGGGUGAAGAUAUGAACUCCGUUCCUUUAGACGCCUAUAUACUAUCUGCUACGUCCUAA